AUGCUGCUUAGCCAGUCGGCACCUCAAAGUAGAACUGCGAAAGUCGAUGGUCAAAGCACGCCCAGGGUCUUCACUCCAAAGGACAUUGUCUCGCCUGCGGUCUUCAUGGAUUACACCCAAAGCCUUCACUUCUUUGUUCGACCUAUGGAUCUCCCGGCGAAGCUGUUGUGUCAACUCCAUCGUGGCGGCGCUCUCAUCGCUGCAGCCCAUGACAAGCUUAUGGCAGAUCUCUCCACCGCCAUGCAGAAUUUAAAUUUUGGCCAGGCCAAUGGAUCCCAAAAACACAGGUACAGCAGAUCCUUCAGCUUUGCGCAAGAUCUGAGACACCUGGGCUUCGCGUGA